AUGACCAAUCCCCCAAUGUUAUCUACCCCAGAGCCCGAAGAACCAUUGUACCUUUACUUAGCAGUAUCUCGGUCAGCAACUAGUUCAGCCCUGGUGAGAGAGGUAGGCAGAAAGCAACACCUUGUCUUUUAUUCCAGCAAAACCAUGACGGACUCAGAAAGUAGGUACUCGAUGGCUGAGAAAGUCAUCCUCGCCUUGAUCCAGGCAAAAAGGAAGCUCUGGCACUACUUUGAGGCUCAUUGGAUAAUAGUCCCCACAACCCAUCCAAUCAGAGUAAUCCUCAGUAAGCUGGAGAUUUCAGGCAAAAUUACUAAAUGGGCAAUUAAGUUAAACUCCUUUGAUAUUCGGUAUGAGCCACGUACUGCGAAGAAGGGGCAGGUGGUUGCAGACUUUCUCUUGGAGAUCGACCUGGGAGAAGAACAACCAAUCACAGAGAACCCCCUCUGGGAGUUGCAUGUGGACGGCUCCUCAAGCCAAAACGGAGCUAGAAUCCCCAAGGAAGAGUGCCCAAUUGCUAAUCGCUUGGCCUGCGUAACCUCAUCAGUAGACGACUUGAUGAUAAGAAUCAUCCCCAUUGACAUUCUGGAUACACCGAGCAUCAUAAAAGAAUUACCAGUAUUGGUCAUUCCAAGGGAACCAAGUUGGAUGGACCCAAUUUUCACAUAUCUAGAAAGAGGGGAACUCCCCAAUUCCAAAGAAGCACCUCGGCAGCUGAGAGCAAAAGCUGCAAAAUACUUAAUUAUAAGUGGAGAGCUCUUCAGGCUUUCAUUCUCAGGACCUUACCUCAGAUGCCUCACUCCCACAGAGUCAAGAGGAGUCCUGAAGCAAUUGCACAAUGGGGAAUGUGGAAAUCACUCUGGGGGCGGGUCAUUAGCUCACAAAGCUUUGACCCAGGGUUACUUUUGGCCUUACAUGGCAAGAGAAGUCGAGGAGUAUUCCGGAAAGUCCGAUAGGUGUCAAAGGUACGCACCUUUCGUCCAUCAACCUCCAGAAAAACUACACACAAUGAGCAGUCUAUGGCCUUUCGCUCAAUGGGGGAUGGAUGUAGUGGGACCCUUGCCUUCAGUCGCAUCACAAAAGAGGUACAUCCUAUUAGCCACUGACUAUUUCACUAAAUGGGUAGAGGCAGAAGCGUACACAAGCAUAAUUAAUGUUCAGAGUAAUGGGCAAGUGGAAAUAACCAAUAGGAUAAUUUUUGCCUACAUUAAAAAAAAGCUUGAAGAUAAGAAAGGAAAAUGGCUGGAUGAAUUGCCAAAUGUGAUAUGGGUAUACAUGACCACUCCAAGACGCCCCAAAGGCGAAACCCCCUUUUCUUUAGCUUACGGAACUGAGGCCGUAAUCCCAACUGAGGUAGAAACACCAACCAUCCGAACCUUAGCAUGGGGGGAGGAGUCAAAUAAUCAACUUCUGGAGCACAAUCUAGAUCUUCUAGAAGAGAAAAGAGAAGCCACAACCAUUCGGCUAGCAGCAUAUCAGCAGAGGCUGAUGAAUAGCUACAACAAAAAAGUUAGACACAUGAGCUUUAACCCGGGAGACCUAGUGCUCUUGAAGUCGGAAAAAUAUGUCAGAAAGUUAGAACCUAAUUGGGAACGUCCGUACCGGAUCUCAGAUGUGAUUAGGAAAGGAGCAUACGGACUCCAACACCUGGAUGGCAUUGAAGUAGCCAAACCAAGGAAUGCGAUGCAAUUAAAAAGAGUCUCGAUUCUGGCUGAUGGCGAGAAAUUCGCGUUGGAUCUACGUAGUUGUGAUUUGUUUACUGAAGCUAGAUCUGACGAAUUCAAGGCAGAAGAGAUUCAAAUCUGGCUAAAGGAGAUCAGAAUUUAG